AACUGGCAACCCUGCCCCAACUGCCAAAGUCCUAUUUUGUCAUUGGGUGGCUGUGACAGAGAGAGGGAGCCAAGAGGGAAAUAACAGAGAGAGAGAGAGACAGAGAGUGAGAGACUAUGAUUGGAUGCCAGUGAUAGAGUAAAAGACUAAAGCAGCUUGUGAAUUUUCUUAGUUGCCAUGGGCCCUUGGGGGUCGAUCAAGUGGCACUGCUGACUCACAGAGGAAAGGACAGAAGACACAUGAAGAACCAACAAAACAAACACAAGUGACAAGAAGUAACUAAGGACAACAAGGCUUUUAUAAGUAACAGCGAAGAGAAACAGAGUGAGGGGCACACAGGGUGAGAGCCUCGUCUAGAGGGGACACGGUCGUCAGUGUGUUGCCUUCACGCAGCAGAGAGAGCAUCCGACAACAUCACCCAAAUCCACCCAGUCCAUCGUCUAUCUAUCCAUUCGUCAGUCCAGCCAGUGAGGAAGCGGCGAAGACAUGAAGAGACCUCAUGACUACAGCUCACCAGACUCGGACACAGACGAGUUUAUUGACGUGGGACAAGAAGACAGCUUUUGCCCAGUCACCGGGUCCAUGUCUCCUGGCAGUGCCUCGCAAAUUCUGGCCCGAAAGAAGAGAAGAGGGAUCAUAGAGAAGAGACGCAGAGACCGGAUCAACCACAGUCUGUCAGAGCUCAGGAGGUUGGUGCCCAGUGCUUUUGAGAAACAGGGUUCAUCUAAGUUGGAGAAAGCAGAGAUCCUACAGAUGACUGUGGACCACCUCAAACUCCUGCAUGCCAUGGGAGGAAAAGGUUACUUUGAUGCAAGGGCCCUGGCAGUCGACUACAGAACCCUGGGCUUUAGGGAGUGUGUUGGGGAGGUUGUGCGGUACCUCAGUUCCCUUGAAGGGGAGUCCCCGGACCCUAUAGGAGCCCGCCUGGUCUCCCACCUUUCCCAUUGCGCAAGUGAGCUAGACCCUCUCCUCCUACAGUCGCCCCCAGCCUCCGCUCUUCCCUUUCCUCCUUGGCCGUGGGCUUCCUUCCCUCAGAUCUCCCCCACCUCACAGGCCUCCACCUCGCCUCCUUUCCCUAGUGGGCGAAGGGAUCUGGCUCUGCUGGGGAGUUACCCAACACCCGCCUCCCUCCGCCUCGCCCCCAUGGCCGGGUGCCAGCAGGGCGCACCACCGCUCCUCACGCCUACAGCUCUGGCCACCGUCCACAGGAUGCCCUCCCUAGCAGCAUCCCCAACCCUCGCCCCCUCCAGACCGACCCAGCCAUCCCCUCACAGCGCCACCAGGGCUUCGCCUCUCCCUCUUCUCACCCCUUCCUCUUCCUCUCCUUCUACCUCCUCUUCCUCUUCUACUUCAUCAUCUUCUGCCCCACUGCAAGUCUCUUUCAGACCCUUCGCACCUCUGGGGUCUCCAGCAACCCAGCGCAGGGGCUUGAGCGGAUCAGCCAAGUCGGCCCAGGGGUGGGGUACAGAGAUCGGAGCAUUUUGAGGGUCAACUCUGAUUUUGUUUUCCAAAUGAACUCUGUACAGUGGACAUGGAUCUCCCAUGUGCACCAUGUAGCAAAUAUGAUACCUUUGGAGAAAGAAGUAUUGAACCUUCUGAGGGACUCUAAAAGCCAUAACAGACUGUGGGUGAAGUUUCAGAUAAUCACAAGCAAUCAUAGAUAAUGGAAUAAUGAAGGAAUGUGAAAGAAUUGGAGAUUUCAAUAAAUCAAUGAUCUUGCUUGACAAAUACAUGCAUACACAUGUCCAACAGAGCCAUACACAUAUACAAUGCUCAACAGAGUGAUGUUGAGUUUUUACUGACCUUUAACUGUGAUAUUUGUUUGUUUUUUUUCUAAAACAUUUAUACAUUUGAUUAAAUUUUCCAAUUUUUGAAGAAUGUUUGAUAAAAAUCUCUAUAAAGACUAA